CACUUCUCUUGACAUAGCUGCAUCGUUCCAUGCUAUGGCAGACAAGCCUCUGCUUAUCAUCAAGGGCAUCCCUGAGAGCUUCCACACACCAGAUUUGCGAGUCUUCUUCGAACCGGCCGUGGAGCAAGGGCUUUUUGCUUGCUUCCAUUUUCGCCGGGAGAAGGCUCAACCGAGCAGCGAGUUGACCUGCCGUGUCCAGGCCAGAAGCGAGGAAGCGGCCGAAGAAAUCAUUCGCUGCUUUCACAACAUGCCCUGGCGGGAGGUUUUGAUCGAAGCUGACGUCUCUGACAAAGCAUGCUGCGUGGUUGAAAGAGGACACGCACGACAUGAAGCAGCUGAUCGGUGGGAGUUGCAUCCACCUCCAGGCUUGCCACAGGGCAACGUGGGCACUGCAAGAUCUGCGGUGCUGGCCGCCAUCCGGGCCUGCAAGCUGCCAGCCUCUGUCAUCAAGAGGCUAGGAGUUGUGCCAAGCAAGAUUCGCAGCACGCGAAGCUCUGCAGCUAUUCCACCACCUUUGUGUUGGAGAGCCGAGGAGAGCAAGAAGCCUCUUCUGGAAGGUGAAGCGAAGGACGUCCAGCCGUCGCGGCCUGACGCGCCGCAGCCGAAGACACCGAAGGAGGGUGUGUCCAAAAAGUCGUUGGCGACCUCCAAGCUGUUAACUUCCCUCAAAAGGGCGCGAUCGCCACCCGAACCAAAGGAGCCAUUGCGGGAGUUAGCCAAAUCUCGGAAGUGUGCCCAGCCGAAAGAGGGUGAGUCCGAGCAUCUGGAAGAUCGCCAUGUGCCACGGCCUUUGGACACGGAGCCCGAUGACUUCGACGAACCACUGGAAAAGGCUCCACACUACGAGCGCAGUGACAGGCUUGACUCUGCUGCCGGGUACCUGUAUGAGGACACGGUUGAGCAGAUCUGGGACAAGCAAGAUGCUUCGGGAUUGGUUUGGUACACUGACGCCGCAUUCUGGGACCGCAUGGCGGGAGAUUUGGACGAGCGCUGUGCUGAUGGAUGGGACGUUGAGGACGAGGUCAACUCUGACACAGGUAUCGAUGAGGAGACCCCGCAGCUGCGGCACUCACGUGCGGCCGUGGGGAUGGAGCAGGGCUGUGGACUAGCUGCAGUUCGCCGUGGCGCAGCAGGACGCAUCAUGCGCUCGUGGGGCGGCCAUCUGUCGGCAGCUCCCAGCAGCACGCUCUUGGCGGUGGUGGAGGGCUUGCAGCCUAACAUGGCUCGAACUGGCCUGGGUUGGGUUGGGGAGCGGCAGCGAGCCAGACCUAGACCUCCUGCAGACGAAUGGAACCACAUUGGUUCCAUCUACGACCCCCCACAGAUGGAGGUGAAGAGCCGAUCCUUCUCAGUGCGGCCUACAGUCCCAGCUUCUUUUAGCGCAUCCUCGCUGUACUUUGCAGAGGAUCGCCGGCGCAAGGUCACCUUCGUCCAAGCGACGCAUGCCUCAGCUGGCGAAAAUCGUGCAAUUCUCGAGAGACGAACGCACAUUCUAGUGCAUGUGUUGACCGCCCUUUGACUCUCCACUUAAUUAGGGAACUCAAAAGGGGAACUCAAACCGCUCCGCCUUUCCAAGACGCGUUUCCGCACACGACGUGGCUCGGCGCGCUGGCUCGG